GGUACGUAUCACGGAUUACACACUGUUUUUUCUGUUAUCACCGAACGCUGUGACUUUAGCCAUUGUUCAUCGAUAUUGUAUUUAAUCGAAGAUACAGUGGGUGAAAUAGAGUGUUUUUUUAUAGGUUUUAAAGGAAGAACAGAAGACUGAAGAAGUGUUAUGAAUUAUUUUUAUUGCUUUCUCAACAAGUAUUUACAACAUUAAAUAAGUUUUGAAAAGCGCUGUUCAGACGGCUAUUAAUAUCCACACUUACACACACUAUGAUAUUCAAAGUUUUUAGGGCAUGGCAUUACCUUAGCAACAGUGACUGUUCCUGAUGCCAAAAACAACUGUAAGGACAUGAUGAAUAUUACUAGGAAGAUGGAGGAUAAUGAAGGAGACAAUGGAAUUGAUGAAAACACUUCUUCGUGUGAUAAUACACUAGAAUCAGAACAACUUGAUGGUGUUUCGACAGAUGAAAGAUUUGUUUUCUCCAUAUUUGAGUGUGUAUUACUGUUAAGUUGUGUAGGAAGCUUCUUGUUUGAUACUGGCAGUGAUUUGUUGAUGUGUUAUUUUCAUUACAAUGCUGGCAAUAUGUGGUACUUUGGAUUGACUGCUGCUUUUGUCAUUGUACCCGCAUUAACAAUGACAGGUUUUAGUCUUCGUUGGUACAUUUUGGAUCUGAAUAACAGAGAAGUCGAACGUGCAUCUUGGGGCCAGUGGGCUGUUCGAGUGGUCUUUCUAAUACUGCAGCUAGGACCAGUUAUAAGGUACCUUGAAACCUUAUGGUAUGGAUUUAAAGUACGAUCUUCAAACAAAACAAAAAGUGCAAAAGAACAAAAGGAUUAUUAUUGUAAAAUGGUAUAUGAAGAUUCCGAUGCUGCCAUGCUUCGUUUGUUUGAGUGCUACAUGGAGUCUGCUCCACAGUUGGUACUACAGUUGUUUAUUGUAGCUAGGAGCCCAUACCCUAAGCAUAUCAGUUGGCAAACAAUUUUUCCUUGGUUAUCCAUUCUAAUUUCUCUGAUUUCGUUAUCAACAUCUCUGGUUUCCUAUCAGUCUGCACUGCGCCGGUCACUUCCGAACAAGAACGAUUUAACCAAGACUGGGAAAGUAGUGAUGUUUAUGUGGAGACUGUUCGUCAUAGCAUCACGGGUGGUGGCUCUCUCUCUUUUUGCAUCCUACAGUCCAAUAGCCUUAGGCAUUUUCUGUGGAAUACAUUGGAUUGUGAUGACUUUGUGGAUAAUCUCAAUGAAGACAGACUUUUAUGACAAUAAGUAUGAAGAGUUUCUGUAUGAUGCUGUAAUAGGAGUUCAGUUCAUUUUUUGUUACUUUAAUCCAGUGGAUAGCCCUACUCGAUCACGAAUCACUAUAUAUUACAUCUUGGUAUUUAUAGAAAAUACCAUUCUUAUGUUUAUUUGGUAUUAUAACUCAAGUCCUGAUCUUUGGUAUCAUGUGGUUGCAAUGUGCUUCCAGUUUACCAGUUUUCCGUUGGAAUUGUUUUUAUGCUCAUAUAUUACUUAAUGUGUCACCCAACUGGAAACAUUGAAGUAUGGAGAACUAAUAAAAGAAAAUACUCUCUUCAACAAAGGCCUUUUCAAGAGUUAGUGUGUUUUGAAGAAACUGAUGUUUGGAAGAAUAGCUCUAGUUAUGGGAACGGAAAGUACAACAAGGAUGAGAGUCAAGAAGUUGGUACAUUCCAUAACGAUGAUGUGUUAUACUCUCAGGCAACUGAAUAUUGGAAACCAAGUCAUUUUAUUAAGAACUCCAGUUCUGAAUCCCCAGUACUGCAAAAGAUUAAUGUUUGGUUACCUUGCUUCUCCUGACACGUGAAAAAUAUGUAGUGGUUCUUAAUGUGUGGUCCGAGAGCCUCCAUAAGAUGGUCCAUGGAAAGGAAACAGAAUUAUAGUGUCUAGAUCCCAUUGUGGUCCACAGAGAGAAAACAAAAUCAGGUGGUAUGAACAAAAAAAAAUUAGAUAAGCACUGCUCUAUACAUUAUGUAUUAUAAUACUGAUAAUGUGUACAAUUGUGUAUAUGUAUAUAUGUAUUGUGCCAAAAUCUAUGAAGGUAUAUCUGUUAGGAGAUACAUAUACGAGUAUUUUGAAAAAAGCUACCUGAUUGGGUGGAUUCAAGGAAUGAUUCAAACUUUUCAGAUAAUUAUAAUAUUCACCUAACCCUACUUUGUUUCACUUUAUUAAAUAUUCAAACAAUACAUGAGCUUUCAGCCAGCUCUCUGAUAAAUCUGCAGUUAUGUAAAUUCCAAAACACAAUAAAAUUCUGAA